UAAUGCCUCCAAAUACAACAUUGAAAUUUCCAAAAUAUCUCUCCCUCUCUUUUUCUUUGUCACUCUCUCUCUCUCACACACACACAGAGGCUGAAAUUAGCAAUGGGGAAGCACGACAUAGAAUUCCCACUUUUGAGCAGUGACGAUUUCACAAGGAGAAAAAGAUGGAGCAGAGCCCUUUGGUUUCUUCUAGGAAUUGUAGCCAUAGCAUAUGUAGGCCUUGCAAUCAAAGGGGAUUUGAAAUUUUUGGGAGUGAGGAAUGAUGUCAAAUAUGACAAAAGAAUCCGGUUUACCAAUAGUGACGUUGUCGAAUCACAGAAAGCUGUUGUUGCUGCUGAUGAUGGUCGAUGCUCUGAAAUUGGCAUAUCUGUACUUAAAAUGGGGGGACAUGCUGUUGAUGCCGCGGUUGCAACUGCACUAUGCCUCGGGGUAGUUAAUCCGAUGUCAAGUGGAAUAGGAGGUGGAGGUUUCAUGGUUGUUCUUUCUUCAUCGACAUCAGAUGCUCAAGCGUUUGACAUGAGAGAAACUGCUCCAGGCGCUGCUUCACAGAACAUGUAUGCCAAUAAUGCAAAGGCCAAAUCUGAAGGAGCACUGUCAAUGGGUGUUCCGGGUGAGAUAGCUGGACUUCAUGUGGCUUGGUUGAAAUAUGGGCGGUUGCCUUGGAAAACUUUAGUCAAACCUGCAAUUAAACUUGCCAAACAAGGAUUUGAGGUUGCUCCUUAUUUAGGAUCGUCAAUUGCUAAAAUGGCAGAGAUGAUCAUGUCUGAUCGAGGCUUAAAACAAGUCUAUGCACCAAGGGGUAAGUUGUUAAAAGCUGGCGAUAUAUGCUACAAUGUAGAACUUGGGAACAGCUUAGAGGCAGUUGCUGAACAAGGCCCUGAAGCGGUUUAUAAUGGAAAAGUUGGUGAAAAACUGGUUGAAGAUGUGAGAAAAGCAGGUGGAAUUUUGACAAUGGAGGAUUUAAGAAAUUACAGAGUGGAUGUUACAGAUGCAGUUGCUGUAAAUGUAAUGGGAUUCCAGAUAUUAGGAAUGCCGCCACCUUCAAGCGGAACGGUUGGGCUUUCUCUGAUUUUGAACAUUUUAGAAAGUUACCGAAGUCCUGGUGCUGUGAAAGGUCCUUUAGGUCUGCAUCGUCUGAUUGAAGCGAUAAAACACAUGUUUGCUGUUCGAAUGUACCUGGGAGACCCACAUUUUGAAAAUGUUAAUGAAGUGGUCUCCAAAAUGCUUUCCCCAGAUUUUGCUAAGAGCAUUCGGGAAAAGAUAUUGGACAACACUACUUUCCCUCCCGAAUAUUAUAUGUACAGGUGGAAUCAGCUUAGGGAUCAUGGGACAAGCCACUUUGGCAUUGUAGAUUCCGAGCGAAAUGCUGUAUCAAUGACGACCACAGUGAAUUAUCCCUUUGGAGGUGGUGUUCUCUCGCCUUCCACCGGCAUUGUGCUCAACAAUGAAAUGGAUGAUUUCUCGACACCAACUGAAAUAUCCCCUGACAAACUCCCUCCUGCUCCAACCAACUUUAUUAAACCAAACAAGCGACCCUUAUCGUCCAUGACCCCCAUCAUCGUUCUCAAGGAUAACCAGUUGGCUGGGGUGAUUGGAGGCAGUGGUGGCUUAAAUAUUAUUCCGGUGGUGGUUCAAGUUUUCAUUAACCAUUUUAUCCUGGGAAUGAAACCUUUAGCAGCUGUUAGGAAUGCGCGAGUCUACCACAAGCUUAUUCCAAAUGUUGUCUCAUAUGAGAACUGGACAGUCAUUGAUGGAGAACACAUUGAACUUUCUGAUGAAUAUAAGCAAUUCUUGAAAGAGAGAGGUCAUGAACUCCAGAGUAAAGCUGGGGGAGCAAUCUGCCAGCUUAUUGUUCAAAAUCUUGAAAAUUCGGUGGAUUUAGGAAGAAAAAUGAUUAAAAAUGAGGUAUUUCGUGGAAUACUAACUGCUGUCAGUGAUCCUAGGAAAGAUGGCAAGCCAGCAGCAAUCUGAUAAGCUCAUCCCAAGAAUUUAUCAAUUAUUAAUCUAUAUAUUCCUGGGACGAAAUUGCGUCUUGCGUGCCUCUAGUCUUCUCCUAGGAAACAAGCUGAAAUGGCUUUGAAACGUUUGCUCCCAAAUCAGGUGAUUUUAUGCAAGUGAAAUGAAAAUAUGGCAAGAUUCAAAGUACAGUAUUCUAUGCUGGUUUGUCUCAAAUAUUUAGUCUUUGUACAAAAUUAUGGUGAUCUCACGUAUAAUGAUCAGGAAGACAGUAUUCUAGUCUGGGGUUUUCAAUAUUAUAUGUAGGUUUAAGUCCUAAUUUGUAUAUAGGUUGGAUAACUGCUGCACAAAAGUGAGCCUUAUAAAUAUAUUUGAGGUCUACUCGGGAUACUAUUUGAUUUA